AUGACGAGACUGUGUCAUCUUGAUCUGUCCCGGAAUCGUUUGAGAAAAUUUCCUUGGUGGUCUCUACGUAGUACGCCGAAUAUAACUACUCUGAAACUUAAUAACAAUGAGAUUUCCGAAGUUGACGCAUACGUUGACUUCCCUCAGUCUUUGCGAUGGCUGUAUCUUCAGUCUAACCGCAUUGCUACGAUUCCUGAAACUUUUCUGAGCGGAUUGAAGCAACCGGCCCUCUUUCUGUGUAUAUCACAGAAUCCUCUCCUUUGUGACUGUACGAUCCUGUGGAUCGCACGUUUGCGGCGAUGUCUGUGGGAACACCGACACGAAGGCUGUGUGAACGCUAAUUCGGACAAAGUAAAGAGGUGCGUAUUGGCCAACUGUAACUUCCAGGCGAACGGCGUUAUACUUAUCAUGGACCGGGUUGUUAUGAACGGAGUCCCCUUUAUCAGACAACUGUCACCCGGUCAGUUACUGAAGUGUGCUGCACCGCAAGAACUGAAAGGUAGAUUGUUGAGAGAUGUUACGUCAACGACUAAACUCCUAACAGCCUUCCUUGGAGCUGUCCUGGUCAUCACAGCUGUCGCCAUCAUCGGUCUCCGAGUCAAAUCUCUAGUGUGCAGCGCUUAUCGACGACUCGCGGGUUCUUCAGAUGCUCCUCACAAGAAAGAAGGGCCGACGUCUUCAGCUUCAAGACGCCGUGAAGACGUAGCUGCCGAUAACGACUACACAGAAACGAUCGUAAGCCCGCUUUCGAACUUGAGUAGUGACGAGGACAUCCCACCUCCGCUGCCGCCCAGGAGAGGGAGUACUGCACCUUUGCGCUAA